UGUGUGUGUGUAGAAGUGACACAGGCUGGUUCAGCAGCAACACUGUGGCUGAGCAGAUCCUGUGACCUCCCGACAGUCUGUUCAAGAUGGCCGCUUGAGUGGAGAAUUUACACAUCUCCAAUAAAACUAAUCCAACAGCUAGCUUCUUCAGGCAACUUCAACUGACACCAGCGGAGAGAAUGAGACGACGACACGGACGACGGUUGUUCCUAUUUUGAAGAAGAGAAGAAAAAAACAGAGGAUGAGAUUAAUUGUUGGGGGCGACGACGUCGGAGUUAUGGAAUAAAACAGUGCUGGAAUCGGUGGGGGGUACAGGGCCCUUUGUUUCAGCCCAGCAUGGACAGCUUCUUCAAGGCAGCUGUAUGUGAUCUGGACAAACUGCUUGAUGACUUUGAGCUCAACACUGAGGAACACGAAUGCAAAUCUGUUUUCCUGAAGCCCUCUGUGUACCCCUUCUCCUCCCUGGGCCCUCAGUGUUUAUCCUCAGAGGCGUCCACUGUUCCACCAAACCUCCCUGACCUCAACUCUCUUCAUUAUGGUUCUGCCGACAGCUGUCCUGACACCUCUAGCGGUCAUAACCGCAGCACUGACGACAGAGAGGUCAAAGGUCAGCCUCUCACUGCAGUGGAUCUUCUCUCCUCCGUGGAUCGCCGGCCAGCUAAGAGCUCUGCCCCCCCCUGCCCGGACAGAGCUCUGAAACCGGUGUGUGACCUGGUGAAUGACACCAGCUCAGCCAUCCUGGUCAGGGCCAACAGCCACGAUGCUUUCAGCGAGCUGGACAUGGUGGAAAAGCAAAUGGAGGAGGAGGAGACGCUGCUUGUGGACUUUGACAGCCCUGUGGUCAGUGUACGUGGAGAGCAGCAGGGUGCUGGCUGCAGAGACACCAAGGAGGAUCAGGCGUCUGCAGGGAGAGACGAGCUGCUGGGUUUAGACUCGUGUGAGCAGAGCGGUGAAUACUCUGCCUCUCUCAGUCUGCUGGACGUCAUUCUUCCUGCUGCAGUGGAGAGAAGCUGUGAGCCCACAGAUGAUUCACUGUCACAAAGGACCACUGAGGCAGCUGACAGUGAGGAGAUGGACUGUGAGGAGGCAGCGUGCACAAACCAAGUGGUGGUGAACUCCUUAGACCACUCUGAACCGCAGAGCUGUCUGCCUGGUGACGGCACCGACGAAACAUCCUCAGUGAAUAACGAGGACGAGUCACAAGAAGCCUCAGAUAAAUGUGAGGCGGAGUCCGAUGAAGGUCUGAAACCAGGCGCCUCAGUCAGCGAGCCGGUUGGUUUGUCAUGUCUGCCCUUAGCUGUGUCCAUGUGUGGAGCUCUGGUCAACCCAAAGACCACAGAAGAUGAGUCGGGUCAAGCUGUGGAGCAGUGUGAGGAGGCAGACGUCUCUGAGAGCGCAGAGGCAGACUCCCUGUCAGCCAUGGAAGCCAGGGAGGACAGGGCUCACAUAGAGGAACCUGUUGACUCGUCCCAGCAGGUUUCAGGAGGCCGGAUGUCACCAGAGGGGCAACAUCUCUCUCUUGAGCCUGCUGCUGCUGCUGCUGCCCCCUCUGCAGACCUCGCCUCCUGUGAUCACCCAGAGCCCAGCCCAGUGGAUCCUCCAGAGUUUGGCUUUGAAUACCUGCCUGAGAGCGACCAGGCCGAGCUGCUGGUCACAGACGAGGAGUUGGAUGCAUUCCUGCAGGCUCACGCAGAAGCAGAGCAGGGCGGUCGGGUGUCUUACUGUAGCAGCUCUGGAGAUUUUACUCAACCGGAGAGUCUGUCUCAAUCUAAUGGACAUCUGGAGGGCAGGAUCGUGGAAGAGGAGCUGAGGAGCUGUGGUCGACGGGAAGAUUUAGAGGGCCUGUCAUCUCCAGAGAGUGACAGAGCAAUGUGUGUGUCUGUAGAAGGAAGUUUAAACCCUGGUGCUUCAUUACAAUUGCAGGACUCUUGCCAAGAAGAGCCUGAACACUCCUCUGGGGGAAGCGAUUCUUUGACCAGCAACACUUUCCAGCCCCAGCACAGCAGUAGCUCUGAUCAGCAGCCCUCCUAUGGAGGUGCAAGACCUAAACAGCUUCACUGCCAAACUGCUAGAUCUCCACCAGCAGGGGAGGAAGGAUUGGAGCAGCCUCAGACGCUCAGUGAUUCCACAAAAGAGCCGAGUGGAGCAGAGGAUGAAGAGAGUUCACCCACAAGCCCCAGUCUUUCAGAGGAGCAUUCCAACGUUAGGGAUUUGAGCCCUAUAUACACCACUCAGGAGCAUCAGGAGUACAGCGUGGGGUAUGAUGAACUCUCAGAGCCCCCACCUUACCCGGGGGAGUCAUCCACAGAUGGUGCCAGACCAGUGAACUGGAAGAGAGAGGGGGUGGAUGAGCUGGGGAGCAGGCAGCCUGCCUGGGUACCAGACUCUGAAGCUCCCAACUGCAUGAACUGCUACCAGAGGUUCACUUUCACCAAGAGGCGGCAUCACUGUCGAGCCUGCGGGAAGGUGUACUGUGCUGUGUGCUGCAACAGGAGGUGUAAGCUGAAGUACCUGGAGAAGGAGGCUCGUGUGUGUGUCAUCUGCUUUGAUACCAUACAAAGAGCUCAGGCCCUGGAGCGGAUGAUGAGUCCUUCGGGUCCAAGUCCAAACCCCAACGUCCCGUCUGAGUACUGCAGCACCAUCCCCCCUCUGCAGCAGGCUCGCGCCGCCGGCACUCUUAACUCACCUCCACCGACCGUCAUGGUGCCUGUGUCCGUUCUCAAACACCCAAACAACGACAGUUGUCCCCGUGAACAGAAGCGCGUGUGGUUCGCCGAUGGCAUCCUGCCCAACGGAGAGGUGGCGGACACAACCAAGCUGUCGGUGACGAGCCGCAGGAGCUCCCAGGAGUUCAGUUCUGUCAGUCCGGAUCAGACAACACCCGGCUCUGCAGGGUCAGAGGUUGGAGUCGGUGGCUCGACCUCCUCUGAAGCUUCAGGGGUCGUAGAGGUGGUCCGACCUCCGGUGUCUGGACCCUGGGACUACGCUCUGCUCUCUGGAAUCGGUUCCUCAGUGAAGAGAGUUCCCAGUCUGCUGCCAGACAACGAGGAUGAACUCCCGCCUCUGCUCAUCACCACCGGAGAGGAUGAAGCAGGAGAUGUUUUGGUCGAGGAGAGUCCAGCUCCGUGCCAGAUUCUGCACCUGUUAGAGGAAGGAGGACCUCGACCUCUGACAUUCGUUCUGAACGCGAACCUGCUCAUCAACGUCAAGCUCGUAACAUACGGCAGCCGACAGUGCUGGUGUUUUGGCUCUAACGGGCUGCAGGCUCUGGGUCAGAGAGAGCUGGUGUUUCUGUUGGAGUGUUUGCCAGAAGAAAAAGCUCUUCCAAAAGACCUCUUCACACUCUAUCUCAACAUUUACCAAGAAGCCCAAAAAGGGAAGUUCUUGGAGGAGUUGGAUAACGUGACGUUCACCAGCAGUUUUCUGGGCAGCAAGGACCACGCUGGGAUGCUCUUCUUCUCUCCCACCUGUCAGCCUCUAGAUGGCCUCACUCUCCCCCCUCAGCCUUUCCUGUUCGGCCUUCUCAUCCAGAAACUGGAGGUCCCCUGGGCCAAAGUCUUUCCUCUCAGGCUGCUUCUCCGGCUCGGAGCUGAAUACAGCGUGUAUCCCACUCCACUGACAAGUCUGCGUUUUCGGGACUCUGUGUAUCGAGAGACGGGACACACCAUCAUGAAUUUACUGGCUGACCUGAGGAACUACCAGUACAGUCUGUCAGUGGUGGAGGGCCUGAGGAUCCACAUGGAGAUGGGCCACAGCUACAUUGACAUUCCCAAAGGAAGCUUCAACGAGAUGCAGAAGGUGGUAAACGCUUCCAACGAGCACGUCAUCAGUAUCGGAGCACGUUUCAGCUCGGAGGCCGACUCUCACCUGGUGUGCUUCCAGAACGAGGACGGAAACUAUCAGACUCAGGCCAACAGCAUGCUGGGGAAGACCCGCACAGUGACUGGAGCCAGUUUUGUGGUGUUCAAUGGGGCCCUGAAAGCCUCGUCAGGAUUCAUCGCCAAGUCCAGCAUUGUUGAAGACGGGUUGAUGGUGCAGAUCCCUCCAGAGACCAUGGAGUCUCUGCGCACCGCCCUGAGGGAGCAGACAGACUUCAACAUUCCCUGCGGCAGGAAUGACGGAGCGGAGGUCCGAGAGAACGUCACCGUCCGCUGGGUCGACUGGAGUUCACCUGUCAACACGGGUAAAACUAGUGGAGUCGACGGGCGACCUCUGGAUGGAGUCCACAGCGUGAGGGUGCAGCAGGACGCAGAGUUCGAGUCAGACGGACGCUCCAUCAGAUGCACUGAGGUGUUCUACCAGUUAAAGACUGCAGACUGCAGCCUGGCGUCGGUGCUGUCCAACUGCAGCGUGUUUCAGAAGGAGAUGGCGAUGGCCACCUGCAGCGCUCUGACUCCUCACCUCGCCGUUCUCACCUCCAGCGGCAUCAACUCGCUCUCUCUCCGCAUCUCUACACAGGCUGACAUGGUGGAGUACCAGGCCGGCUGCGGAGGCCGCCUCCUCCCUCAGCGCUACAUGAACGAGCUGGACAGCGCCCUGAUCCCCGUCAUCCACGGAGGCAGCGCGAGUGUCCCGCAGACCGCCAUGGACAUGGAGUUCAUCUUCUACAUCACACACACCAUCUAACGCACACGCUGACCACGACACCAACAGACCCGGCGAACAGAAGGUGUCCGAGCACAGACAGAGCAGCUGCUGACGGCGGCAGGACGACGGAUGAGCAGCCGCUGGCACAACGCUCGCACUCUGAGGUCGGAGUGUAAGCUGAUCUGUCGUGUGUUUGCGUGUUUCGUGCUCACCAAAGCUGCUUUAAUACGAGAAGCCAAACACUAAACAAAGGAAAGCGACAACACGACCAAAUGCAACCAAACUACUCGAACGUUCUCUUCUGCUCUGCCUUCCAGGCUCCCCGCUGGCCUCCGUCAGCUCGGAGCUCCUCAGUGAAUGUUUCCCACAGACGCUCGAUGGAAACGCCUCUCGUUUGGAUGUAUUUAUUAUAUUUUAAUACGGGCUUAUUGAAUGAAAUGAUGACAUUAAAGGACGGGAUGUUACUGACCACAGUAUUCAGUACUUCAGUGCUUCACAGGUGAUUCUGUACAUACGUAGCUGAACAUGUUCACGGCAGGAACAAAAAGAAUCUCAUUUCUUGUCACAGGUACUAUGUUUCAUUUCACACGCUGGUUUGUGACGAUGACGCUGCACAGGAAGACGUCGGGCCUCAUGCAGGAACGUGUUGUGUCCUGAGAUCGCUCCUGCGAGUGUUUCAGAUCUGAUCGUGUCAUCUCGUACUCGUCUCUCCAGGCUUCAAGCUACGCGCUUGUUGGCCGAACACAGUAUUUGAACCAAUCAGAUUUCUGUGAGGGGGUUGAAGCUGCGGUUCAGGUGUGAUGACCAGCGAGAGAAGCUGCUGUUUGUUUGAAAACAAUGGCGGCUCCUCAAGAGGUUAGCAUAGCUGCUUUAGCAUCAGUUACAUCAAAAAAAGGAGAGUUUAUUUUUUGAAACGACGAGCAAAGAAAAAAACUGAAGUCGUCACUGGAAGUGAAACAGCUGACGUCACUGGUGGGAGUGAUCUCCUUCUGUUAAUCUGAUUGGUUUAAAUUAACCAGAUGGUUCGUUAAAUCGUCUGCCAAGUUUAUUUUUAAAGUGCCCUUUUCCAAAAAUAAAUUUAAAGGCGGCCUCCCAGAUGGUUCUGCGUCACAUACGAUCUGGCACAUCGAGCGUUCCCAAACCAGUUUCACAAAACUCUGCUCGAGUUUGUCUCGUCUCAACCUGACGAGUGAAGAUUUGUUUUUAAGAUGUUUUAAUUAGCUUAUUAGAAACGCACAUCACAUCAAGUUUGUACGUUUGAUUUACAAAAACAAAGAGAAACUCAGAUUCAGACGCAUCAUAAGAGAAGACGGAAAUAAAGAAGGUGAAGAAGAAAAGUUCUGACAUGAAGUUAGAAGCUGCAGUUGUGUGUGAGCGUCGUCACGAGGUGGUACAGAGGUUUUACAGAGGUUUUACAGAGGUGAUGUUACAGGUGUUCAGCAGCGUCAGCAGGAGGCAGCUGAUGACAGAAGUCCUCGAAGCUUCACGAUGCUGCUGACGUGGUGAAAAGAAUAUUUUUCUAAGUUGCUCGUUCAGAUUAAUGUUAUAAUUCAUGAAGUAUUUUCCGUUUUGACUCGUUCUCCAACAGAUUGUGGAACACUUGCACCUAAUAAUUACUUUCAGUAUUGUUCAAUCUACAGAUUAUUAAGAAAUCUCCAAAUAUAUUGAUUUAACUAUGACAGAGGAGGAAAGACAGCAGAACAUAUCCAUAUUUAAGAAGCUGGAAUUGUUGAAAUUUUCCUCUCAAAAUGAUGAAUCGAGACAGUUGAUGAUUACUGUGAGAGUUGACACUGACUGACUGAUCGUUGCAGUUUUACUGCUGAAGAGUGACGAGUGAUCUGUUCGUACGAAUGUUUCCUGCAUGAGGCCGUUGUUGGUGUCAGUAACAGGUUUGUGUUGGGAUGGAGAGCCGCGAUCAUCCGACGGUCAGCACGUCGUUCGAAGGUGAAUGUGGAGUUUCAGCUGCGUUCAGCGGGACUUUCUCAUCUCUUCAGUGCUGACCAGCGUUUCUCAGCUCAAACUCAAAAACCAAUGAUUUGUCUUUAUUUAAAGAGAUUUUGUUUUUACAUGUCUGCUUCAGUUAAUGAUCAUUUUGCACAGCUGAUGGGAUCUUUACGUCACAUUUUUACUCAUCUCACAUCUUUUUGUCUGUUUUAAGAUUUAUUCAUCACAGAUGUGCAGACGUCGUCAAGACUUUCAAAUGAACAGUUUGAUAUUUUGGUAAAUGCAUUAAUUUUGCCUUCUUGGCAGGAGUUAGACGAGAAGACCGAUACCACUCUUAUGUUUGAUGGUUAAAGGAACAAUUCACACAACAAAAAAAAAAAAAUCUGCUCACCCUCAUGCAGAUGGAAAGUCAGGUGAAGUUUCACAGUCAAUGAAAAACAUUUCUGGAGCUUCACAGUCAAACAGAGUAGCAGCGUUCUACUAAACAACAAAAAACACAAACAAGAUGGCUCCACACAUCUCGUCCGGGGUAGUCCAAGUCUCUGGAAGCCCCGAGACCCCAGACUGGUUUGAAAAGAUUUGAUUUGCAGCAUUUUAAAGAGGAAAUCUUCAUUGUCACUGCUAAACUCAACAUGUUAGCUGUCUGAAGAGCGUGCACGAGCUCGACCGCAUGUCGAGGGUGUAAUCAAACAAAAAGAUAACGUCUUCAAAUCAAUUUGGGACUUCAGGGCUCCUGGAGACUCGGAUUUAAUGCAUUUCAUAUUUUAUUUUUUGUAUUAUAUUCAGUUGUCUUGCUGCAGCUCUGUUUUGCUCCAGAAAUGUUUUGUGAACCUGACUUUCCAGUCGCGUGUGGGGGGAGGAGACGACGACUGAAUUUCCUUUUUUGGGUGAUUAGCUUAGCUUAGCAUAAAGACUGGGACCAGGUGGAAACAGCUAGCCUGUCGAUCGGCGCCUAAAGUUAAAUCACUAAUAAAACAUUUUUUUUCUCCGGUUUGUUAAAUUUGUACAAAAACUGAAGUUUAAACUGCAACUUUUUUCUUUUUAUGCUUUAGUUUUUUGUACAAAUUGUACAAAAGAAAUCAAAUAAGAAGAUUUUGGGAAAUGUAAAAUGUAAACAAACACCCGCUGUGGUCGCUCUGAGCUCUGAGUCUCUUUCAGAGCCGUUUCCUGUUCUUCAGUUUAUUUCAUGUAUUUUCACGCUUCAGCUUUAAGGCACUUUACAACCAUUAAAACAGCUCCGGGGGGGUUUUUCAGUGUGUGUGUGUACAGGAAGUCUGGACGAUAAAACUUCUCUUGUUGUCCUCAGAAUCUAAAGCGACGUCCGACCUGCUGGUCUUCAUGUGCGAGUGCUGCGUUUAAAGACGAGACUGGCGCUCAAUAAAUACUUUUAAACGUCAGAAAAUAAGAUCAGCAUGUUUUAAAGUCGCUCAUCUCGUCUCAGACUCUCACACUGCAGUCAAGAAAUGUGUCCAGAUGUAUAAAAGAAGGACUGAAUGCAUCGAGACUUUUUUGUUUGUUUGUUUGUUUCUUUUUAAAUAUUGAAGAGUUAUUUUUGGAAUCGUUGGUAUAAAAGUUUUAACAAAAAACCAGAAACAGAGUUCAUAUUUUUGAUAGGACACAUAGGCUUCGUUCCGUUUGCAGUUUGUGUAGCAAGUUUCCACAGAUAAUUCCAGAAAUAAACAAAUCUAACUUAUCAUUUUUUUUGUCAGAAAGUGGGAAAAAAUCCCCCCCAAAAAAUGCAACGCAGAGAGACGAAUGUGCAGGUAAAGAAACGGCUUAUUUACUUCUUGUGUUCAACUCAAACUGUCUUAAUGCUCAGAGAUUUAACAUUUGAUGACUAUAAAUAUCGUAUAAAACAAGUGAAUUAAA